UUUAGAAGUCACCACUCAUCAACCUCCCAAAUAUUCCUUCCCUCAGAGGAGUCAGGGCGAGAGACGUGGAGGAGAGAGAAAGGGGGGGAAAAAGGUUGGGGUUUCCCUUGCUUUUGGAUUUCCCUUCUCUCUUCUUCGUCUCUUCUCCCUUCUCCUUCUCUCUUUGCGAAACCCUAAUUUAUCUUUUGAGAGGAGAUGGGGAAGGGGAAACUGGCCUCCAAUUUCCCGCUGUCGGGGUGCGAGUUGGCGGCAGCGGCCAUCGUGGUGGUGGGCUUUGGGGUGGGGCUUGUUGGCGUCUACGUCUCGAUGCCCGCCUCCGACUACAGCUUCCUCAAGUUGCCUCGCACGCUCGACGAGGUCCAAAUUUUGAGGGAUCAUCUUGAGAGCUACACAAGUGACUACACCAUCCAGGUCCUGGUGGGUUAUUGUGCAGUCUACAUAUUUAUGCAGACUUUCAUGAUUCCAGGGACCAUUUUCAUGUCUUUGCUUGCUGGGUCGCUUUUUGGAGUUUUCCAUGGUGUAGCUUUGGUAGUCUUUGCUGCCACAGCUGGUGCUUCUUCCUGCUAUUUCCUAUCGAAAUUGAUAGGAAGGCCCAUUGUCUUCUCAUUGUGGCCAGACAAACUGGGCUUCUUCCAAGAACAGGUAGCUAAAAGAAGAGAAAAGCUGUUGAACUACAUGCUUUUCCUCAGAGUCACCCCUACAUUGCCAAACACUUUCAUUAACAUGGCUUCACCAAUAGUGGAUGUGCCCUACCAUAUUUUCUUGCUGGCAACAUUUGUUGGACUCAUCCCAGCUGCUUAUGUGACAGUCAAGGCUGGGAUUGCUCUAGGAGAGUUGAGAUCAUUGUCCGACCUCUAUGAUUUCCAAGCAAUAGCCACGCUGUUCUUCAUUGGGAUCGUUUCGGUGACACCAACACUGGUGAGCAAGAGUCAGGCUCAAGAUACUGGAUCUGAGAAAACACUCUGUAACAGCAGCUGAUUGCUGAAUAUGGAGCCGUGCUUAUUGUACAUAAUCAGCUUCAUCACUGGUGCAGUUCUUCCUCAUGGCAAGACCAGCAGGUCGCUGGGGUCUGGCCACAGGCUACAGAUUCCAUGCUGCUGAUAUCCCUCUUCUGUUUUAUUGUAACACAGGAAAGCAGGAAGCAGAAACACAUUAUGUAAGCGAGCUCCAGAUUUAUAUUAAUAUUUGUUCAAGGUCCCAAUUCAUUGUACAUGCCCCCCCUUAUUCUAGCCUAAUGAAAUUAAGUUUGAUUGGUUAA